AGAGGGGGGGGGGGUAACCGGUGCUAUAGUGGUGCUGGUGGUGGUGUUCGUAGUAGUGGGGUGGUGGUCGUGGUGGAUUUUCGGAGCUGGUGGUUCCAGUGAGACCGGAGCACGCUGCGCCUUGUCAACGGAGCGAGGGGGGAGCACACACGGUGGCGAAUGUGGCGUGUUUACUCUAUUUCUGGGCAUGUUAUGAUAAUUGUUGGUGUUGUUAGUUGGUGGUGGUGAUGGUGGGAAGGAGGGAGGGGGGAAUUCGGUAUAUAUAUAUUUUUGAAAUCGCUAACUCGGCCGCUUUCCAACACGGAGCGCUCAUAAGUGACUGUCGCGACCGGCUGGACUGUUUUAAUGUUUACAGACUCGCGCAUUCGGUACCUUUAGUAGACCGGCCACACGACGACUAACACACACACACUUUACAUUAUUACAGAACGGGUGCUUGCUAUUGUGAAGAAUUAACAGGGUAGUGUUGUGUGUGUUUUUAUUUUCACUUAUAUAUUUUUUCCACUCAAUGUAAUCCGCCGCAGCUGCGUUUAACGUCGUAUACUUAAAAACAAAUCCAAGCCUCUUCCGAAAAAAAAAAUCACACCCGUGUUUUAAUUUACUCACCCAAGCUUUUGCAUCCGAGCGUUGAGCCUUCGGGGCAACUUCAACUUGGCUCGCAGAGCAAUCUCUAAGUAACGCUUUAACCGCCUGUUUACACGGGUCAGAGCUGGUAAUACAGACAUCAAAAAGCAUUAGUCUUGGCUCAUCACCACCACCACCACCAACCACCACCACGACGACUACCGUCACCAUCACGCUCGCUGCCGGCCGAGCAGAACGACGACGAGGCUCGCCGCUCUCUUUACCGACCCCCCAAAAUCCUGGAGGCGACAUCGCCAUGCGGACAUCGUCGGCGUCGGCGCCGUCGUCAUGUAACGCCUGCAAGGGUCUUCUCGUGGGCAUCGUCCUCCUCCUGCUGACUCUCGCCGCUCCGGGCGGCUCUCUGGGCUGCGAGACGCGGCUGUCCCGCGGCCGUCGCUCGCUCCACCACCACCACCACCCGCUGAGCCGCUAUCCUCGCCACUCGCCCAGGGGACACAGGCCCGAGCCGCACUCCGUCACGGCGGCGGCGGACGCGGCGACGCGCGGACACCGUCAUCCGCACGCUGUGUCGCUCUACUUCUCUGGCAGGCGGGAGCAGCUGAAGAGGCGCGCAAGCCGCGUGCCGGGAGGGCUUCCCAGGUCCGCGUUCACCGUGGAAGUCUGGGCCAGUCCCGAGGGAGGGCAGAACAACCCCGCGGUUAUAGCCGGGCUCUUCGACGACUGCUUUUACGGCCGACACGACAAGGGAUGGUCGCUCGGCAUCGUCCACGUAAACCCUGCCGGGACGCAUCACGGCGGCGCCCCGACCUCAUCCGCCGCCGCGGCCGCUCACCCCCCGGCCCGCUCUCGCUACUUCUUCUCCCUGAACGCCGACAACUCGCGCUCGGCCACGACGCUCGCGUCGCCCCUGCGCUACGUCCCCGACGCGUGGACCCACCUGGCCGCCACCUACGACGGCCGGCGGCUCGGCCUCUUCGUGAACGGCGCGCGGGUCGCCAGGUCGCGCGUGUCGGGCCGCGCGGGGCCGCUCUUCACCCCCGAGGUGGCCAUCUGUAAGACGCUGGUGGUGGGCGGCGACAACGCGCGAGGCGAGCGCGCCUACCGCGGCUUCCUGAGCGGCCUGCGACUCUGGCGGCGGGCGCUCGGCUCCGGCGAGAUCCGCGCGUGGGCCGAGCGAGGCGUCCGCUCGAGCGGCGGCGCUGCGCCCGUGGCGGACGUCGUGGGCGGCGGCGACGACUUCGACGCGCUCAAGGUCGGCUGGCUCACGGUCAAGGGGGGCGCCUACCCCCGCGUCCAGUCGGUGCAGGCGAGCGAGGCCGGCGACGGCGGCGGCGCGGAGACGACGGCCGGGGCGGCGGUGUCGUCCGCCGGGCCGGUGCUCGUGCCGCCGCCGUGCGGGCAGACGGUGUGUGACAACGUCCACGUCAUCUCCGGAUACAAUGGCUACUGGCCGCUGCGCGAGCCCAAGGUGGUGCGCUACCGCCUGGUGAACAUCUACGAGGCCCCCGGUGAAAACCCGACGGUCAGCCGCGAGCAGAUCGAGGACCAGCACCGCGUGCUCAACCAGGCCUUCCAAAGGUACAACAUCUCCUGGGAGCUCACCGUCGUGGACGUUGUCAAUGCCUCGCUGCGCCAGCGCAUCAUCCUAGCCAACUGCGAGCACGCCAAGGUGGGCAAUCAGAACUGUGACCCCGAGUGCAGCCACCCCUUGACCGGCUACGAUGGAGGCGACUGCCAGCCGCUCUCCGGCCACUACCCAUCGUCCUCCUCCUCCUCGUCGUCGUCGUCGUCGGGACACGCGGCCGACUGCAAUUUGGAAAUGAUGGAGAACGGCGUUUGCGACCCCGAGUGCAACACGGCGAAGAACGCGUUCGACAACGGAGACUGCUGCGAGCAAUUCUCCGACAACAUGACGAGGACCUGCUUCGAUCCCGAGUCGCCCAACAGGAUCUACCUGGACGUGAAGGAGCUCAAGGAGAUCCUGAGGCUCAACGGCUCGACGCAUCUCAACAUCUACUUCGCCAACUCCGUGGGCGAGGAUCUGGCCGGAGUGGCUACUUGGCCUUGGGAUAAGGAAGCUCUCACCCACCUUGGUGGCGUGGUGCUCAAUCCCACGUACUAUGGCAAGGCCGGACACACGCACACCAUCAUCCACGAGCUGGGCCACAACCUGGGACUGUACCACGUCUUCCGGGGGGUGUCGGAGACCGAAUCCUGCAACGACCCCUGCCAGGAGACCACCCCGUCGCUGGAGAAGGGGGACCUCUGCGCCGACACGGCCCCCACGCCGCAGAAUAAGCUGUGCCACGACCCGGAGCCUCGCAACGACACCUGCAACCAGCGCUACUUUCAGCACACGCCGUUCAACAACUACAUGAGCUAUGCCGACGAUGGCUGCACCAACUCUUUCACGCCGAACCAGGUGGCACGCAUGCACUGCUACCUGGACCUGGUGUACGAGGGCUGGCGGCUGGACCGCGCUCCCCUCCCCGUGCCGAUGCCGCCGACCCCCGCCGCCCACGAUGAGGGCUCGCUCAUCCUGCAGUGGAUGCCCCCCAUCAACGGCCACGUCUUCCAGAGAGAAGUGGGAUCUGCGUGCGACCUGUGCGGAGAGGAUGGGCGGCUCACGCAGUUCGCCCACUCCGCCUCGUCGCCCCGCGCCUGCGACCCCUCAGGACACUGGAGCCCGAAGGAAGCGGAGGGUCCCCCGGAUGUGGAGAGGCCGUGUGAGGUCAGCCUGCGCACGUGGAGCCCCGAGUCGCGCUACAGCCAGCGCACGCCGUCGGGGACGUGCCCGCAGCCGUCCGGCUGCGUCCUGGAGCUCUCCUUCAGCCUGCCCACCCUCCCCGAGCUCCUCACCAUCUGGGUCACCUACAUCUUCCUGCACAACUCCCACCCCAUCAAGGACCUGGUCAUCCUCACGGCCGACGGGAGGAACAAGUCGCUGGGACCCCAGACGGUGUUCUGCGACGUCCCGCUGACGGUGCGCCUGGACUGGCUGCUGGCGCCGGUGGAAUCGGUUCGCAUCCACACGGUAGACGAGAAGCUGGAGGUGGACGCAGCGCUGCUUCGCUCGGCUCCCAACGACGGGCGCUGCUCUCGCUGCCGCCCGCUCUCCUACAAGCUGUCGCGCUCGCCGCCGUUCCACCCGCGCGGGCAGGUGGUCGUCGACGGACCAUCGCGCAGCUUUGUGGACAGGUCCGUGGAGCCGGGAGCGACGUACGUGUACCAGGUGGCCGUCUCGACGACGUACGGCGACUCGCAGCCCUCGCCGCCGCUCGUCUACACGCACGGGAGCCCCUACUGUGGGGACGCUGCGAUGCACGGGAGCACCGAGGAGUGCGAUGACGGAAACCUGACGGACGGCGAUGGAUGCAGCAGCACUUGUCACGUGGAGGCCAGCUUUGUUUGCAGAGGACAACCCAGCGAAUGCUACGUCAAAUCGUUCGGGGAUCAGGAUGAUUUCGACGACACCGACGACGCCGUCGUGGAGAGCGAAAAGGGAGCGAGCGUCGGCUGGAAGGACUCGCGCUGCUCCGGGGGGCAGGCCAGGGGCGGCAUGGGCUCGUGCCUGGCGAUGGUGAACCAGGAGGUGCCGGUGGGCGAGCGGUGGGCCGCGAGCGUGACGGCGUCGCACGAGAGCAAGACGCACUGCCCGGCCCGCGCUGUCGUCGGCCCACCCGCCAACCCCGAGCUGUGUGUGAGGGACCCUCUGGAGCUGCCCAACGGGGUGGCGGGCUGGGCCUGGUACCCGUGCAAUCAGUCUCUCGCUGGCCCGGGCCACGCGGAGCCGCAGGGCCCGCAAGACGCGCCCAGCAUCCCCGGUGGCGCCGUGCAGCCCGCAGGCACACACGCUGCCACGGACUCGCGGGGCGAACCCGAGGCCUUCUGGCUCAAAGCUUACUUCCUCCACCCAAUGCAAGUCCUGGCGGUCGUUGUGCACUUAGCGAGCGACGGCUCCGGCGCCGCUGUUGGGGAAUCCAACUCGAUGAAGGUUUUCCUCAUUGACGCUCAUGACCGGAACCACAGUGUCGGCGUCUACAAACUGAGCUGCCGCGAUAACCCACUGGUGAUUCCCGUGGGACUCGGGGUGACCGGACGAGCGGGCAGGAGGCGUCGCCGGGCCAAGGCGGUGCUGCUGCACGUGUCCUCGCGUCUCGUCGCUGUGUCCGGCGUGGCGAUGCGACCCGUGUCCCAGAAGCUCUCCUCCACCUCCUCCUCUUCCACCUCCUCCACCUCGUCUUCCACCUCCUCCUCCACCUCCGGGAGAGAGGACGAGGAACUGGCGCACAUCUGCCCCGCCGGCGAAACGUACAGCCACAGCCUCAAGAGGUCAAGGGUUCGCUUCGAGUGCGUCAAUGCUGCUGACAUUACGCACUCCCAGAAGGCCGUGGGGCUGUUGGGUGCACCUUGCGACGAGUGCAGCACCUGCCUCCCGCUGCUGGUGGCUAACGGCACGGUGCGGUGCGAGGACGCCGGCAGCCGGUGCGAGGUCCUCUGCGGCAAGGGGCACGAAGCGAGUGUGGACGGACAACCCGCGGUGGACAAGAAGCAGCAUCAGGUGGGAGUGGCCUGCGUGGCGGGCCGAUGGAAUAAGCGCGUUGCCUGCCUGCCCGUCGAUUGCGGUGUCCCGAGAUCGCACCUCGUGUACCACGCCGACUUCAGCUACCCCCACGGGACGAGCUACGGUGCCCGCAGCACCUUCGUCUGCCGCCCACCCGCCAUACUGCAAGGUGCGAGCGCCGACCUGCGGUGCCAGGAGGACGGGCUGUGGUCCCUGCCGGAGGCGUACUGCCAGCUGACGUGCCGGGCCCCGCCGCCCAUGCCCAACGCCGUGGCGCGCACCGACCGCUGCAAACACGACGGCCAGAAAGUCGGCUCCUCCUGCAAGUACCGUUGCAAGCCCGGAUACCACGUGCUGCUUACCAGUCGCAAGGUGUUCAAGGUGAAGUGCACGGAGGAGGGCCACUGGGAGGAGGGCGGCUGCGUGCCCGUGCAGUGCCCUCCGCUGCCGCUGGUGCUGCACGGCUCCUACACGUGCACGCACCGCUUCCAGUUCGGCUCCCGCUGCUGGGUCAACUGCAGCACCGGAAACCCCAGCAAGGGCCACAAAGUGAUCGAGUGCAGAAAGAACGGACGCUGGAGUGGUGAACUGCAGCUGUGCCCGCACGUGCAGGGCGAAUGCACCACCCCGGACCCUCCGUUCAUCAUCGAAUUCGACUGCCCUACUGGAUAUGGAAUAGGAUCCGUGUGCAAGCCAACCUGCCUGAUCCCACAGAGCGACUCCGUCUUGCUCCCUGAGAAUGUCACCCUCCCGGAGAACGUCACCGCCCUGUCGCUGCCGUACUGGACACUCCCCACCAAAGUUGAGGAGAUCGUCUGCACGGGGAAGAAGGAGUGGCACCCCCCACCACAUGCCAUCUACUGCUUCCAAAAUUGCGAGUUAUGGGUCGGAGAUGGGUACUGUGAUCCGAUGAACAACAACGCCUACUGCCACUACGACGGAGGGGAUUGUUGCGAUUCCACAUCCACCUCCAAACAGGUGAUCACCUUUCCAGACAAUUGUGACCGCAAGAAGGAGUGCGCCUGUCGUGACCCCUCCGCUAAAGAGAAUGCACAGAAGCGGCGGGCGCGCCUUGGGGGAGGAGGGUUCCGAUAGAGGGGACAACAGGGGGGGUGGGGGGGGGAGGUGGGGUGGAGUUGGGGGGGGGGGCAUUCCAAGCAUCACUGCUGCUGCUGCUGAUUUUAUUUCCUAUUUAAAGACAGCUUUUAAGAAAAACGAACAAAAAAAAACAAAAACAACAAAGAAAAAAAACAGAAAAACUUACGGAAAAAACUAAAAAAAUACAGACGCCAUGAGCUCUGCCUCCUCGUUGCAAACAGCAACUCAGGAAUUUUUCCAUCACCAGUCGCCUUCAAUUGAGCAUAUCAUUCAGGAACAAGGACGCUGAAAAUAAUAUGACCUCACAAACUAUCCGAUACAAUGUCUUCCACAACCUCCGUGAAGCCGUGCAUUGGUUUACCGCAGACUUCAGUCAAAAUUUGUCAUCGUUUUUUUUAUUGUUAUUUGAACAAAGUGUGCAUUCUACAGCUCUCCAGUGGCUCCUCGGGUUGUAGCGUGCGCGCGUGGCGUGCUGUUCAGCGGUCACGUCUGACGUUUCACUCCACGUGCUUGGAGCUUCCUCGGCGAAUUUGAAGAUUCCAUCAAAAUGGUUUCUACAUUUGGUAUUUGCGGCGCGUCGUUCUUGGAGCACAAGGCUGUUUCACAGACUAGCAUAGUCUGCGAUUGCUUUACAGUCAGUCGGAGGUGAUAUCGCCAUGCAGUUUUAACCAAUUAGUUGAUGUGCAACACAUUUAAACAUUUGGCAAAUUUAGGGAUCUUUAACGUCCUCCUACGAAGAAAACGAUGCAUUUAUUUUCGGUCAAUACACCCGCAGUAUUAAUCAGGGUGGCCGCUGGGAUCCGAACCGCGAACCUGUGCAACAAUGUGGCAAACGCGCGACCGCCCGGGCAUCGUCGACACCCAGAGUUUCAAUUUUUUGUAAUUUUUAUUUUAAAUCUGUACGUUGCCGGGAGCUUCUUCGAGUCGCCGAUGCUCCCGGUCGCUCGCGUGGAGCGAAACGUCGGACGGUCGUAGCGCCGUGUCCGAAUGACGCGCCACAUGAAGAAAGUCAUCGGAGAGCAGCAACAACGUCUACACGGCAGGGGGCGGGGGGGAACCCCGCACAAGUGUGCGGUCUGUCGAGCCUGCCCCAUUCCUCCAAAGCAAGCAUUCCUGCCUAUGCAUCAGCAUCAUUGCAACUCACUUUGUUUUUGUUGGUGUUCAUAAAAGAAGGAAAGAAAAAAAAUGCAUAUCGUAUACUCACGCUGCUCUGUGGGACAACUUUUGGCAAGCAUGGUGUAUUGGAAAAAGCCAGUCUGUGGCGUAUAUUUGCAAUAGUGCUUAAAGUUGUCUCGAUUUCUAUUUGUGCUGCUUAAAUAUUUUAAUCUGAUAUGUAUACCUAUAGAAAAAAAAAACUGUUGAAUUCCCCACAUGAAUAAGAAAUCUAGGGGGAAAUUUCCAAACUAUAACAUUUAAUAUAAAUAUAUACGUUUUUCGUACAAAAAGCAUAAAAUGUAUACAUUAAUAUAUAAAAAAAAUCAAUUUCCCAUUGCUACUACCAAAAUUGCGAUAUCAAUCAAUAUAUCGAUGCGUAGACUGGUCCUACGGCGAUUCAUCGAAAUUUUGUAAACAUAUCAAUUCCUAAUGCAACAAAUAAACAAACAAAAUUACAAUUUGCUGCCCAUUAUGCAUAGCGGGGCACUGUACCCCCUGCGUCCCCCCAACCCCUCCACCUUUAAAGUAGCAGACAAAUUUGUCAGCAAAGUAAUUUUCCAAUUUUUGCAGCCAUUUUAAAGUGAAACACCAUCAGCAGUGAUAUUAGUUGAGAAGAAAAACAUUUGAAAUGAGACGAUACGUUUCCCUUUACAGCAUUUCCCUCGUUAUUCGCGAGGGAAACGUCGCGAAAACAUCCUCGUGAAGAGCAAAUUUCGCGCGUGACAUUGGCCUACGACAUCCUAUCUUUUUUUUAUUAUUUCCCCAAGUUAACACGUAAAUAAGCUAUUGCAUACGUGAAAAUUAUCUCAUCACUUUCUCUCGAUGCAGUCAGAGUGCCAGAUGCGAUCAGCAGAUAGCCAGAAUCGCGAAGAGCAAGUUUCUGAAUAACGAGGGGAUAACUGUACUGAACUUCUAUGCUGUCGUACAACUUCUAGGUUUGUAGUAUUACUGCGAGCCAUCGUUUCUCUGCAACUCCCUUCAAAUGUGUGCUGCUUCUCUUUCUUGCCAGUUAGCAGACUUUACAUGCUUGUGACGUGCGUCUCAAUACUGUUUGCGAAAAUACCAUGAAACAGGAUACCGUGCAAACGGAGAAGCGUGCCAUGCACAAGACCUUAAUGUUUCAGCAGCGGUCUGCUGCUGCUGCUGCUACGCUUGCACAAUUGUGGCAAUCGUUUUGCCUGGUUAUCAGUGCAAUAACUGUGCACAGGAGUGUUUUUAAAUGGCACAGUUGCGGUAUUCUGAGAAUCUUUUUUUUUCGCCUGCACUUUUGCACCCAUGUAAAGUCUACGUUUGUGUUAUCAUGCCAAAACGAGAUGAGCCUCUGAGUUUUUGUUGUUUUGAAACAACGUUAACAAAACCUAGUUUCACGAGGGGGGGGGGGUCGGGUGGGGGCCUCUUUGAGCUAAAAAGUAAAAUCGUCACCUCCGUUCAAUUUGAUCUAUUGCAGUUGCCUGCGCUGACAAUUUAUUUGUUUGUCGGAGAACUUACACUCAAAAACUACGAGCACCUGCUUAUCUUUGUACUCGAGCUACCGUCUGUUACGGUCCGCCCCACAAACGUGGCAGACAAAAUUGAAGAAUACUUUCAGUUUUUUCGGUAAAGUCACGUAGGUUAAAAAUGAAAUUAAAAUUAAUAAAAAUAAAAUAAUAAAAAUCACGACAUUUCGGAGGGAACACAAGUCUCCGUCAUCAGGUGGGACGGUCACAGCUGAAUUUGCUGUAUCAAGUGAGGCAGGGAUUCCAAGAUGCAAGUUCUUAAAUACAAGUUUAAAAAAAUAAAUUGAAGAACCAAACGAUAACGAAGUUGCUGCUGCUGCUUGUCACUUCCUCCUGCUCUUUGCGUUCAUUUUUGACUUAUUUUUUAGCUGAACAGGCCCCGUAGCAAAAUGGAUUGCCCCACGAGGUGCGACAUUCAGCUCUGCCCAUAUCCGUUGGAACACUUUGGCGGGGUUGCAUCACUGCCACACCGCCGGUUUACAUUCUCGGUACAAAAACCGUGAACGGGGAUGUAACCUGAAUGACCUCAUCACUAUGUUUUGAAGUAUUUUUUUUGGUUUGUUUGUUACGUAUAUUUUUUUUAUCUUUUUUUUUUUACACACAAAUAUCGUAUUACUUCAUGUACGCUGUGUUUUGUAUGUAUUGCUGAUGUAGUGAACGUGUGAUGGCAGUAACCGACACCAUCACGCAACUCACCAACCGACAUACGACAUAUCAGCAAAAGUUACAGGCGGGGGACGGGGGCGGGGGCAACAGCAAUUCCCUUUUCCUAUUAAGAGCAGUCUCUAAUCCCGUGGGUGGCCUGUUCACUUCAUCAUUCAAGUUAAAAGAAAAAAAGGGGGGUCAGUAUUUGCCGAGAGACACAUAAAAAGAAUACCGUUUUGAGUGUGUGAGUGAGUAAGUGGUUGUAAAAAUUGUUUUCCUGUUAUGUUUUGUUUUUAUCGUAGACUUGUUAUUUUUUCCCUGGUGAGCUCGGAGUUUGCACAGCAUAAGCACAAGCUCCGGGUCACUUUGUUUUUGCUGCUACAAAAGAACAAAACAAUUUUUUUUUCAAGAAAAAAAUAUUUUUUGGGUGGAUGCGAGCUUGGACUGCUUCCAACAAAACCUCUCCUCUCUCUCUCUCCAUUCUCCUCGACGACGUGCGUCUCAAUAUCUCCCUACAAAAAAUAAAUCAGUCGUGACGUUUACUUAGAUUCUGAUGUGCAUGGGUAAUAACAGUAAUCUUCCGUCAAAAACAACAAAACAUAUACCUCUCCAUCAUGGACUCACCGAUCCUGCUGCUGCGAGAUAAUUUUGUACCUGUUUUUGUAUAUUUUUUUGCUUGCCAACGAUCGAUGAACAUCAUUGGAUCAUCAGCCACUUUUACAAUUCAACAGGUUUGGUUUGUUUUAUCCUCAAAGUCCUUUCCCACUGAGAAGCGUGCAAAUAUCUAAAUGGUCGCAAACGAAUUUGUUCGGUUGUAGGAACUAACCAGGAAAUAUCUCUGGCUCGGUUACCGCCGUAUUCUGCUUUGAUGCAUGCCCCUCAUCCAUAAGUACAUGGGGCCAAUUUUGGCACUCGUAAAAUGUUAUAUUUUCCCACUCUGUCCCAUCUUAAUCAAAUUUGGUUUUGCCGGUGACAUGAACAUGUUACGCUCAUGUAAAUAUGCCUUCGUCCAGCAGUGGAUUGAACAUGGCUGCUGCUAAUUAUGAACUUCCACAGACCUCGGAAAAGACAUUUCAUAACAAUUCGGAUAAAUCUCGCUAAAUUGUAUAAAUUUAUUUUGUAAAGUCGAUAAAACAAAAUACAUGUUAUAUUUUUUUUUUACGCAGAUUUGUACGUGCCAUUUCAAACCACGUGAGUUGAUAUUUCAUAGGUUUUCACAGUGGGAAUGGACUUAUUCCGCUGCUAUACUCCAUUUGGUAAAAACGUCAUGAACAUUCGCUGGACACACGAUGCCAACAGAUCUACUGUACUGUAGCUGCCUCUGUUGUUUUUAAAAAAAAUAUUGAUGAGUUUUUUUACAACGCUCUCUCUUCUGUCGUGACUUUGGUCAUUAUUUAUACACAACCCACUGCAUAGAUGUACAUAAUACUGUAUAUUUAUUACUACUAUUACGACAAAACUCACUGUGUUAAUUUAUACGGUUAAAUAAAUAAAAAAAGCAAGACAGUGCUAAUGUAUAAAGUUUUUCUCAUACAGAAGCUGCUGUGUUGACCUUGCUUGAGCUGCUGCUGCUGGCCUUGAUCAAAAUAUUUGUUUUGUUUCCCUUUGUUAUUUUUCUUGUUGUUAAAUCGUUGAUGUGCAGCAAAAUCUUUAGUUUACGUCUCGUAUUACAUUUAAAGGCUAAAACCCGUUUCCUUGUAGAUUAGUAUCGAGAUGCUUUGCGCCGCCCGGUGGUGUGGGGAGUCUUGUGUGUGUGGGUAGCGAUGGCAUGACUUUGUCUUGUGUUUGUGCACGGGAGAUGCACAGCUGGCUAGCCCAAGCUUUCAAGUGGAGUUUGCAAAAUGCCCUCUCACUCCAUCCACCCACCCCCGACUUCAUCAUAUCGUGUGUCUGUGUUUGUUAGUCGCGCAAGGAAAUCAUCGUCAUCGUCAUCGUCAAUGGCAUUAUGGGUCAACAGUUUAGUCGGCAAAACGUUAUGACCGUUCAUCAAUACAUCAGUUACGAGUUACUCGGUCCCAAAUCAAACGACACAGAACAGAAACAAACCAAUCGGCAACACCGACAAAAAAAAGAGCAGUGUUUCAUCACUUUUCCAUUUAGCAUAUAUUUAAAUAUAUGUAGAAAUAAUAAUAACGAUAAUAAUUGUAUCACUUAGAAGACAAUAGGCAUAUGUGGGUCUGUGUUUUUAUCACUGUUAUGUAUGUAAGAGUUAAACAUAACAUGAUAAACAUUACAAUUACUAAUUUACUUAAAGAGGAAAUAUAAUAAAUCAUCCACUUGAAAGAAAUGCGUGUGGUGUGUAUAACCUUUUAUAUGUUGUUCGCUAUUCAAGGUUAGUUUUUUUUUCCUUUUAAUAAGAAAUUGGAAUCUGUGCAUAGCGUAUAUUAUUAAUGCAAAGGCCGAUGUGUUAUUAAGUCUGUGAUGUUAUUCUCAAACUACAUAUUACCCACGUAUAAUCUCUUGCCCCUGUAAUUGGCAAAUUAAAACAACAAUAAUAAACUGUGAUGUAACGUG